GGGGGUCCUCGAAUUCGCCAUAUUACUGUGGGAUAGUGAAAGCUGUUUCACAUAUACCGUGUUGCACAGAAGGGGGUGUUUGGUUUAACCCGGCAAAGGUACAGCGCUGAAGUCAAAGGAAAAAAAAGAAAAGAAAAGAAAGCUAACCACAAGCGCGCACACAUACAUACAUACAGGCAGCACAGCAGCGAGCUAAACGUCUCACUUUUCUGUCCGCGGAUUGUUAUUUUUUUUAUUAAUUUGGGAGCUGCUUUGAAGUUGGAGGUGGCGUUCAUGCAUAACCAUGUCUGGCAUUGCUUUAAGUAGACUUGCGCAGGAGAGGAAAGCUUGGAGGAAAGACCAUCCUUUUGGUUUUGUUGCUGUUCCAACAAAAAACCCAGAUGGUACCUUGAAUCUGAUGAACUGGGAAUGUGCCAUUCCAGGGAAGAAAGGGACACCAUGGGAAGGAGGUCUGUACAAGCUGAGGAUGCUGUUUAAAGAUGAUUAUCCAUCAUCCCCACCUAAAAGUAAAUUUGAGCCACCCAUAUUUCAUCCAAAUGUGUAUCCAUCAGGCACUGUAUGCCUGUCCAUACUCGAAGAAGACAAAGACUGGAGACCAGCUAUCACGAUUAAACAGAUACUGUUAGGAAUUCAAGAACUACUUAAUGAACCAAAUAUUCAGGACCCAGCACAGGCUGAAGCAUACACCAUUUACUGUCAGAACAGAGUGGAAUAUGAGAAGAGAGUCCGAGCACAGGCCAAGAGAUUUGCGCCAACAUAAAACAUAGCCAAGGACUACCAGACAACAUAAUGGCUUGGGUGCAGCACUUCAGAAGAACAAAGUGAAAGAACGAGUGAGAGAAGAGAGAGA